AUCGGCUUUGGCGUAGGCUUCUCUUCUUGACCAACAACAACCCCACAAACUUGAGAGAUGGCACCCAAGAAGGCCAAGAGGAGGCAGCAGCAGGGUGAGGGUGGAUCCUCCAAUGUGUUCUCCAUGUUUGAGCAGAGCCAGAUCCAGGAGUACAAGGAGGCUUUCACAAUCAUCGACCAGAACAGAGAUGGCAUCAUCAGCAAGGACGACCUGAGGGACGUGCUGGCCACCAUGGGCCAACUGAAUGUGAAGAAUGAGGAGCUGGAGGCCAUGGUGAAGGAGGCCAGCGGCCCCAUCAACUUCACCGUCUUCCUGACCAUGUUCGGCGAGAAGCUGAAGGGUGCUGAUCCCGAGGACGUUAUCGUGAGCGCUUUCAAGGUCCUGGACCCCGAGGGCACUGGCGCCAUCAAGAAGGAAUUCCUUGAAGAGCUCCUGACCACCCAGUGCGACAGGUUCACCGCUGAGGAGAUGACCAACCUGUGGGCUGCUUUCCCCCCUGAUGUGGCUGGCAAUGUGGACUACAAGAACAUCUGCUACGUCAUCACACACGGAGAGGAGAAGGAGGAGUAAAUCCCCCUCUCUUGAGAUGUCUACCUCCGUCCAAACCCACACUUGCCGCACCAUCGACUCACUCCCCCUUCUCCAACGCCGUGGCUUCCUUGCACACUUUCGCGCCCCGGCCCGCUCUUUCCACUUGCCAGCUCACUAUAAAAAGACUUGCCUCCUUUAUUGAGAUACUCAGUGAGAGGACUGAUGGCUGUGGGGGUGUUUGUGUGUGAGUACCAACAGGGGAACAUGGGAUUAUUUUCAAUAAAAAUAAUCUUGUGGCACUGAAACACUUUCUCUAUCUCUGUCCCUGCCUGUUGUUCCUCCUCCUUUUCCUCCCAUUACUCACUCCGUCCUUCCGUGUUGAGGCCAACAGUGCAUGCAUCAUACCUACGUGCAGCGUGUAUGCUUAUGCAGUCCAGUGUAUACAGCAGUCUGUCAACAGUGUCUCUUGGGUGCUGUGGUGCAAGCACAGUACUUGCUUGUAACAAGUAAGCAGUCUGACCCACGUGGUCUGUUAGUCUCAACCUGACACAGUGUUUAAUGGAUUUGUCCCUUUGUUUGCAUAAGGGAGGAGUGCACAGUAAAAGAGUGGGAGUACGGUACUAUAAUAGUUUGUCUACCCCUCUCUUUUUAAUCUGUCUCUCCUUUUAAACACAAGUACAAAAGGAAAAGUUGCAGGAAAAAUAGGAAAGUGGGAUUUUUUUUAAAAAGAAUCUUGUAAAUGGAGAAAGAGAUGGUGAAAGAUGGUGAGUGGGAGGCAGGGAUGAAAUAAACAAAAGUAAAACAUCUUUGUUUUUGACUCUUCUUCCUCCCUCUCGCUGCUGUUUCUCUCCUGUUGUUGUGACUGUA